CCAGGGAGAAGAUCUGCAGGAUAAACCUGGUUCACCGAGGCCAGCGGAGCCACUUCCGCUCGGAUCCGCGGCGGGGUCGUGAGUUCUGCAGAAACCCGGACGGAUGUUUUCAUCACGAGUCUGUUUGCAGUCAGCAGCUUCCCGCGGACACACAGAGGCCUGGAAAACCUGGAAACCUGGAGAAUCCGUCCGCAGUGAACUGAGCCAGGUCGUCUCUCUGGAUCCAGCCUGCCAGCAUGGCCCGGUACCUGAGGUACUUCACCACCGUAGGAGACCAGCAGCCGGGGCAGUGGGAGGAGGAGGAGGAGGAGCUGCACCAGAACAGCGAGGACCUGAGUCCGGCUGCGGGACAGUUCCCGACCUUUAGGGAUUCCCUGAAGAGGCUCUACGGCUCAGAACGCUUCCAGAUUCUGGUGGUGUGUUUGGUCAUCCUGGACGCCUUCUUCGUGCUGGCGGAGCUGCUCAUCGAUCUGUCUGUCAUCCAGCUGGAACACGGUCACCUUGCUCCUGAGAUUUUCCACUACCUGAGUCUGGCUCUUCUCACCUUCUUCAUGGUGGAGCUGGCUGGGAAGCUGUUUGCUUACCGCCUGGAGUUCUUCCAGCACAAGUUUGAGGUGUUUGAUGGCUUGGUGGUGGUGGUGUCUUUUGCGCUGGACAUCGCCUACAUCUACCACGAGGACUCCUUUGAUGGGAUGGGUUUCCUCAUCCUACUGCGACUCUGGAGGGUGGCCAGGAUCAUCAACGGGAUCCUGCUGUCGGUGAAGACUCGCUCAGAUCAGAGAAUCCACAAGCUGAAGACGAGCUACGACCACCUGGUCCAGAGAGUGACGGAGCUGCAGAAACGCAGCGAUGAGCUGGCACAAGAGAACCAGAAGCUGCAAGCUCUCCUGAAGAAACACAACAUCGACUUCUAACCUCCACCAUCAUCAUCAUCAUCCUCUUUCAGAUGCUGCAGCAGUUUAUUUUUAAGUCACAUUAUAAAAACUUUUAUUUCAGCACAUCUGUCUGUAGCGUCUCCAUUUCCUCCUCUUUAAGGUCUCCUCUCACUUCAUGUCAAGUUUCCUUGUAAAUAAAUAAAAACUUCACCUGGACUCAUACAGAAAAUA